UAAGCAUCUUUGACUGGAGUGGAAAAAACACACAGCUCUAUUAGCCUAUACCAGCAGAUUAUUACAUGCCAGGACGGUAGCCGGGAAUCAACUCGGAACGACAAACCAGAAAUCGAGUUUUAUUCCUGGAGGGCUCGGCUUUUAUCUGCGGAUGAGACAUGUCCUCAACGGCGUCCAGGCCUUUAUUUGUUGUCUGAGAGGAGUCGUAGCUGACUGGCUAGCUGGCUAACUCCCCCCUACCCCCUCACUACGAGCUAGCUACUUAGCGACAGAGGUGUGAAAAUAUAAAGAAAUCCGGCUUUGGCAGGCUGUGGUCAAGAGAACGACACCUGACAAUGAAUGGCCUUUCUGUGAGUGAGUUGUGUUGCCUGUUCUGUUGCCCCCCCUGCCCCAGCCGUAUCGCUGCCAAGCUUGCCUUCCUGCCCCCUGAACCUACCUAUGCCCUCCUGCCCGAUCUGGAGGCCGGGCCGGUACCGGCCGGACCCACGGGGACGUCAGGCCUCCGGUCCCGGGGAGGUGGUGGCGGUGGUGGGAGUUCGAUAGGGGGAGGGAAUGCUCCAGGGGACGGGCGCUGGAAGCUUCACCUCACAGAGCGGGCAGAAUUCCAGUAUUCCCAACGGGAACUGGAUGCCACAGAAGUGUUCCUGACUCGAUCUAGUAGGGGGAACAGAGUGGGCUGCAUGUAUAUCCGCUGUGCCCCCUCUGCCAGGUUCACUGUCCUGUUCUCCCAUGGUAAUGCAGUGGAUCUAGGACAGAUGAGCAGCUUCUAUAUCGGCUUGGGCACUCGCAUCAACUGUAACAUAUUCUCUUAUGAUUACUCCGGCUACGGGGUCAGUACAGGGAAGCCCUCGGAAAAGAAUUUGUAUGCAGAUAUAGACGCAGCGUGGCAGGCUCUACGCUCACGAUAUGGCAUUAGCCCAGAGAAUAUUAUCCUGUAUGGACAGAGCAUUGGCACGGUGCCCACGGUAGACCUGGCAUCACGAUACGAGUGCGCGGCUGUGAUUCUCCACUCCCCUCUCACCUCUGGCAUGAGGGUGGCCUUCCCCGAAACUAAGAAGACUUACUGCUUUGACGCAUUUCCCAACAUUGAGAAAGUGUCUAAAAUCACGUCUCCAGUGUUGAUCAUCCAUGGCACAGAGGACGAGGUGAUAGAUUUUUCUCAUGGCCUGGCCCUGUAUGAGCGCUGCCCCAAAGCCGUGGAGCCGCUGUGGGUGGAAGGAGCAGGACACAACGACAUCGAACUGUACAGUCAAUACCUGGAACGUCUGCGUCGUUUCAUCGGGCAGGAAUUGGCCGCACAACACGCCUAAGCACUCCUUCGUCUCCCUCUUGUCAUCCCACCAUCUCCCAGUCCGAGCAAGAAUGAGAUGGAUGCAUCAGUAACUUAUUGAAGGCUGCCAUUUUGUAUGGACAACGUUACUGUUGGAGCAGUUUGACACAUGAUCCUCUGCUCAAAUUUGUUUUCUUAAAUGUUUUCUUUUUUUCCCCCCCUUCGUUUGUCAUUUCCUUGUACAUGUGAGUGUGCAUGUGUGUACGUAUGCGUGCGCAUGGGAACUCUGGGGCAUGGAAGUGGAAUUUCUAUGGAGCAAGAAAGGAUGGACGGAUGCCUCUGUCGGUUUCAGCCCGACGGAAAGAAGCCAGACGCUGUCCUGUACCUCCAACCCGAUGGUGUUUCUUAAUAUCUGAGCGUUCAUUUGUCAGUUGAGCGUUUGCAUCUCUGACCUGCUCUCAUGAUGCCUCAGCCUGAGAGAUCUUCUCUUCCCACUUCUCAUCAGGCAGCCUAAAAUAGCUCAUUCUCAGAGCCUAGCAAUUUUUUUAGCCUUGCUGACCCUGCAGGAUGAAAAAAAAAAAAACGUUUCUUUGGUGGAGGAUAUCAGGAUUAAGGUUUGAAGCAUCCUACAUAGGCUCAACUAUGCCCACCUCUGCAUCUUUGUUCAUUUGUUUAACCAUUUGGCUUCCUCUGGACAGUGUGUGUGUCCGUCUGAUGCACUCACAUUCCCUUCCAAUGAGUUUUUGCCUUUUGGGAUAAGAUGACACCUGAUGAUCUACACCGCUUCAGGCAGGGAAAGCUCCAAUCCUGGCACUGUGGCUUUUGUUCCCAGCAUUAUCAGUCUUUUUUUUUUUUCCCUUUUUGCUGUCUCUUUCCUUUCUUCUCAGCAUGUGAGGGUGUCCAUAGCACCCUGAGGUGAAAGAAACUGGGAGGGCUGAUCUCUCAUCAUAUUUCAAUGAAACCACCACAUUUGGGAUGACACGAUACGGACUACAUUCACGUCCAGAUCCAUACAUCAUGUUUCUGAACUGUUGGGCCAGUAGAAAGAUCAAGGUUUCAUUAUGUUGUCGGGACUUUCCUGAAGCCAGAUCUUCGGCGUAGCAUUUCCACAUUAAUUUUCAAGUAGUUCAACCUUUUAAAUGGGAUUUGGGUUAAUAAAUUGUGGAAUUGUGUAAGAACAUACAAUUCACACAACGCGGGUAGCAGACAGAGGUAAAAACAGAAAGCACUUCUGAACCCUGUGGCGCACAACACGCAACCAGUUUUUCUCGUUUUCAGUCUGACAUCAAGUGUGUUUCUACCACGGAAAUGUUACUCUUCUCUUGUUGGCAUUUGAAAUUGAGCUCAAGCUAUAAUCAUGCGUAUUUACUCUCUUUUUGUUGAUUGUUAUGUUAAAGCAAAUCGUUUCAAAGCAGAGCACAUCAUUUAGACUCCUUUUAAUGCUAAUAAAGGAUUUCCCCUUUUCGUUUCAACUUUAAAUUGCUAGUUAGUGGCACAGGGUUUAAUCCAUCUAAGUAAGGUUCUGAGCUGUGGGUAGUUUAAAGAUUAGAACUAGCAAUAAAGGCACAACAGUGAGGUCAUCCGAAACCUAUUGUUGCCGCCUCUAGUCAAGCUGCUCGUCUUCAAAGGGAGUUCGUCUGAUUUGAUCUGGACACAACUAUGGCUCUUAUAGCUAUCAGGUUGUAUUAUGUUUAGGAAGAUUGUCAAAGCUUUGAAAAACACUGGCGGUGAAUUAAAAAUCAUACAGAGGUGUCUUUCUUUUAAACUAAGCUUUUCAACUGUGAAUUAUCAAGGGAACUUGCUGCUAUAGAAUGGUCUGAAUGAAAUUAAAGGGCCGAACCUUGCAACCUUUUGUGGUUUUCCGAUGCGUCAAAGACUACCAUGCCUUUUCAGUGAGAUUAGACCUCUCUUCCUCUUUCUGCCAUGAUUCAUUCUUGCCCUUUUAACACUGCAGGCUGCACUUCCAUUUUAGAUUCCACGUAACAAUGUGUUUAAUUGGAUUCAUUCAUUUCAGUGUCUUGUCCGGAUAGGUCUUUGCUUGAUGAGGGUUCUGAUUUUAUGGUGUUGGAGUUGAUAAGACAUGUGAUUUCAUCACAUUUUUUUUUUUUUUCUUCUCCUAGUUAACAUUCAUUCAUCCAUCCACUCUAUUUGGUCUGUUAUUAUGUGCUCUGGUUAAACUGACUCCCAUUAAUGCACAAGCAAUCUGUAUUCCGAAAACACUGGUUUGUACAUAAUAUCUGAAUCCUAAUUCCAGCCAAUCCGAUUCCAUGUUUCAUCAUGUAUUUAAGUGUGUAAUCUGCGGUUGGAUACAAAGGGGCUUGUUUGUUCUCCAUUCUAACCAAAGACGACAGGUGUUGGUGUUGCGAUGGCCGCCCACCGCCAUUUGUCAGCGCUCAGAUGUUGAUCGGAGGAGGAGGCGGUGGACUUUGGCUGUUCAGAACAGAGCCGGGUCUCACACAAUACAGGCUGCUGUUGAUGCCGCAGAGGGGAAGUUUUUGUGUGGACUGUUGGUGCGUGUUUACCUCCUGUAAGACACAAGUGUUUGGAGGGCAGAAGCAAUACUGACUUGGAGCCAGCGGACUGGAUGUGAGGAUGCUCUGUGUGUGUUAACAAGAGGGGAGGAUGUUGGUUUGGGUUGGGGCUGGAGUUACCCAGAGGCUCCGUCCCAACACAUUCAGAUUCUGCUCUUUUUAUUAAGAUUUGUUUUUUGUUUUUUUUCUUGUUUAAAGAAAAUAAGUUAUAGAAAAGUCUUUUUAAAUCUAUCAGAUGUAUGUACUGUAUAACAUUGUUUGAGAAGCUUAAUCUUGAGGUUUGAGAAUCAGUUUUUUUUAAUCUUAAUGGAUCGGGAGCAAGAGUCAUUGGGGUGUUACUGUUCUAUCCUUUUAUGCAUUAUUCUAAUGUUGUUGUUUUUAGUUUUAAAUAUGUCCUUUUCCUUUUCCAGAAUUAAUAAUAAAAGAGAGAUAUCUUAGAAAAUAAAAUUAUGAAUUGAUAA